GUUCCCUCGUAUGGAUUCGACUUGGCCAUUCCAGCCAAUCUUCUUCUCUUCACUUGUUUGAAGCCUAGUGUAGUAAUACCAUCUUUGAUAGAAAUUUUUCCAUGGACGUCAGAACCUCCGCAAAUAUCAAUGCUUGCAUGGACUUGUCGCUUCACGUCAACUGAUUCUCGCAAACAACCCAUUAGAAUACGAAUAGAUAGUUUAGCGUUUGAGGUCGCCAGCAUUAUGACCUCCAUUUCGGAGGCCACGCCCGACCCGAUACGAGAUCGGCGUUUGAUGAUAUAUAGCUGA